AUGGUCCUCCCAAUCACCAACCCCACCAAAUCAUUCUGGAUCGAAGGCGCCGACUCUGCCUUCCGAAACCACCGUUCCACCCCCGACCUCCCAGAGAAGGCCGAUAUCGUCAUUGUCGGUAGUGGAUAUGCUGGCUCCUCCAUGGCUUACUGGAUCCAAAAGUUUGCAGAGAAGGGUCAAGUACCGAGUAUAGCGAUUUUGGAGGCUCGUGAUGUUUGUGGAGGAGCCACCGGGCGUAACGGUGGUCAGCUCAGACCGCAUAUUUAUUCCCGCUAUCCCACCUGGUCCUCCCGCUUCGGCCCCGAAGGCGCUCUUGCGCUUAUCAAACACGAAUCCUCCCACUUGGCCGCUUUCGACGCGCUCUUUGAAGAGGAGGGUAUCGCUGAGGAAGUGUGUUUCAAGCUUGGCGAGACGUUUGAUGCUGCCAUGUCUGAUGAAGCUUGGGUCCGUCUGAAAGGGGCUUAUGAGGCGUUUGAAAAGGAUUUUCCAGAGGAUGACUGUUUCAAGAGUUGUAGAUUGAUUGAGGAUGCGGAGGAGGCGGAAGCUUUCACGCAGAUGAAGGGGUGUAUUGGGGCGGUGGUACAUCCUACUGGUCAAGUGUGGCCGUAUAAGUUUGUCCAUGCGAUACUGCGAAUCAUCAUGUCCAACGGCGAGGUCAACCUCCAAUCCCACACGCCCGUACAAAAAGUCUCUGACCGAGGGUCCGACGGCCUUAUCACCGUCAGUACCGAUCGGGGAGAUGUCAAAGCCAAGGCUGUCGUCCACGCCACCAACCGAUGGGCAUCCCAUCUUCUACCGGAGUUUACCAAUCUCAUCUUCCCGGAACGUUGUACCAUCUGUGCUAUCAAAGCUCCAGCGGGACUCAUCAAGCACACCGGUGCCCAACACUGGGAUAGCAGCGUCAACAACUACCACCUCCAAAUUCCUCCGCCUUACAACACCAUCAUCGUCGGCGGUGCCAAAUCUGCCCUCGUCGCGCAUCCUGAACGGUACAUCCUUAGUGAUGAGGAGGACAAACAGCUUGAGGGUUCACCUGAAUACUAUGCGUUAUGGCCUACCAAGAGCGUCGUGGGGUGGGAGGGCGAAGGUCCCGCAGAGUUUGAGAGGGCCGUGAACGAAGGAGGCGUAUGGACUGGUGUCGAAUCAUCGAGCAUAGACUCUUUCCCUUUCAUCGGACCCGUCCCCAACAAGCCCGGACAAUUCGUCGCCGCCGGUUUUGCAGGGCACGGUAUGCCUCGUAUCCUGGGCUCCACCGCGCACCUCGUCCCCAUCCUUCUCUCUUCCCUCAAAAUCCCGUUCACCCAACCACCCGUCGCCGGUAUCUUCCCCGAACUGCCAGAGCCUUUCAUCGUGACAGAGGAGAGGGUGGAGAAGUUGCAGCAUGUGGAUGCGAAGGCAAAGUUUGAGCAGAGUAUUGAGAGUACGAGGGAGAGUGCGAGCAAGCCGUGGGGCAAGUCUUGGGCGGUUAAUGUCUAG